AUGUUUCUUUUCCUCAAGCUCUGGUCGACUCUCGCUUUUCUCCGCUCAUUCGUCGAUGCGACUCCACUGGGAACAACAUCCCCUCGGCGAAGCCUGGACGAAAUAAGUACGAUGGACAUAGUAGAAAUCGAGGCAUUCAAACCAUACACAUAUUACGCAGGUGCAGCCUACUGCAACCCGUCGACUACUUUGACCUGGGCUUGCGGUUUCAACUGCGAAGCGAACCCCAACUUCCAGCCUGUAGCGUCAGGGGGGGACGGUGCUACUGUACAAUACUGGUAUGUCGGUUACGACGCUGAUCUCGACACCAUCAUCGUGGGCCAUCAGGGAACUGAUAUAGCGAAACUUUUGCCCGUAGUCACCGACGUCGUCUUCCUUUUGUCACCGCUCGAUGCAGCUCUCUUUCCUAACGUCAGCUCUGGUGUCCUGGUACAUAGCGGUUUCAAGCAGGCUCACGCCAACACUGCGACACUCGUUCUCUCGGCCGUGACGAAGGCCAUGUCGGCUUACUCGACAAAUACUAUUACCGUCGUCGGACACUCCCUCGGAGCUGCAAUCGCCCUGCUCGAUGGUGUUUUUCUUAAUUUACAGCUUCCCUCAGCUUCUGUGUCCGUAAAGAGCUACGGAAUGCCUCGAGUGGGAAAUCCGCAAUUUGCGGAUUACGUCGAUCAGCAUCUGUCUGUCUCUCACGUCAACAACAAGUGCGCAAAACGAUUCUUGGGCUUCGCUCAUUGUUCCGGCGAGAAGCAUAUCAACGAUUCCAGCGUGUGGAUAAACUGUCCAGGCCAAGACAAUGAGAGUAAUCAGUGUGUUGUCGGCGAAGUCCCUGCCAUAUUGUUAGGCAAUGCCAGUGAUCAUGACGGUCCUUAUGACGGGGUCAUAAUAGGAUGUUGA